CCAGAGUUAAUGGUGUCCUCCAUUACUGAAAAGUUCCCCAGGAAAACUUCAGGAUUUACGUAGUGUUUUCGCUUAUGGUGGGAUUAUACUGCUGCAGUAGGUCAUAUUGACACUUCCUUUCCUUGCUGUGUUGUGCUUGCCCGUCGACAAAAUGUCGCAGGACCAGACGGAGCGGAAAGGAACCCAGGUUGUUCAUGUCCGUGAGGAUAGUGGGAGCGAACUUGAAGCACUAUUCAGUGCCGCCAUGAACCCCAAAUCUGGACAAAGUGGGCAGAUUCCACUCCGUAUGAGAAAACUGCCAGCUUCUUUUUGGAAACCCCCUGACCAGCCCCAACGGCCGGUUCAGCAUAUGAAACAGGGCAGUAAUGACUCGACCGGGGGAUACCCCGGUCACCCGUCGGGGGUCGGACCGUCUCAGGGCAAUCUUCAAAUAGCUCAUAUGAGAGCUCACUCGUCCCCAGCCAGUUUACAACAGACUCUUUCACCAGUCCCCCAGGGCCCUCCCCAACCCUCGCCACACCACGCCCGACAGCAUUCGUGUGACGCUCUCCUUGACAACGAGCCCCUCCCCCCGGGAUGGGAAAUGGCGAAGAUGCCUGAUGGUCAGCGAUAUUAUCUAAAGCAAAAUCAACCUCCAGACAAUUUGAACAAAGCCUCAUCACCUAAUACCAAUCAUCUCACACAAACGACAACCUGGCAAGAUCCCCGCAAAGCCGUCAGCACAACUGCCCUCAAUAGUCAACAAAGCCCACCCUCUUCGCAGCAGUCACCCAAUGUCUCCAUGCAGAACCUGAACCUUGAUGCCCUGCCCCAGGGAUGGGAACAAGCAAGCACGCCCGAAGGAGACAUUUACUACAUAAAUCAUCAUGAACGCACCACAAGUUGGUACGAUCCGAGAAUACCUGAACGGAUGCGUCAACAGGCUAGAAUUAACUCUGUAGGUCCUGGACCAGGUCAGCGACAGAUGGGUCCACAACAGUUGGCUCCGCCCCCUCAACACCCACAACAACAGCAACAGAAUGGGGGCACUCAACGUUCACAGCAGGCAAACCUGCAGUUCUCCAAACUACAGAUGGAGAAAGAACGGCUGCGCAAAAGACAAGAAGAAAUUGCCCGACAGGAGAUGCUUCUGCGGGCACAAAUGCAACAACAGCAACAACUACAGCAGCAGCAGCAACAACAACAGGAUGUAAUACCUGUUUCACAAAGCAUUAACAUAUCUCAAGCCAACGAAAUGACAUCUGUCACUGACCCGUUCCUUGGGCAAACAAAUUCAUCAGACCAUUCACGGCAAGAAAGUACAGACAGUGGAGUUGGUGGAAUGGGGACAGGGACCAACUACAGCAUGCCUAGAACUCCUGAAGAUUUCCUGAGCAACGUAGAUGAAAUGGACACACAAGAAGGAGGACACAGACAAGGAGAUUUCAAUAACAUGGACAUUGGAGGUAACAUUGGAGAAAGUGGCGAGCCAAGCAACAUGGAUAGUGAAGACUUGGUACCUAGUUUACAGGAAGAAAUUAGUAAUGAACUCUUAAAUGAUAUGGAAAAUGUGUUAAAUUCGAACAAGCUUGAAGACAAUCUACUGACCUGGUUGUGAAAAAUAAAGAGGUCAACGUUCAUUACAUUGGAAACCAUCACAGGGUCGGCAGGGGGGCGGAGCCAUAUCCUGCCAAUCAUUGUUGCAGGGGGUUGCAUCACAUUCUGUUGAAUCAUGACUGUAGGAGGUGGAGCCAAGCCCUGUCAGUCAUGAUUACAGUGGAUCAUGGAGCCUUCCUCUGCCUCUCUUCUUGUUUUUUAUCACUAUUCCAUGUUGCCAGUUGAAAUUAUUUCUGGUGAGAUUGUUCACUAGAUGUCACUGAUGGAAUCAUUGUUAACUAAUGUUUUUCUUUUUUUUUUUUUUUUUCGAUAUGAAUUAUUUUUCCAAUAGACUUUUUUUAUAGAAUAUCAGGGAAAAAUAUGAAAACGAUUUAAAAAAAAAUAUAUUUUGUAUUCAAGUGUAUGAUAGAGAAUUUCGUUCGUGUAUGAUUGUACUAUUGAACUAUUGUUAUUAUCUACAUAUUGCUGGAGACCGGUAAUGUGUGGUAGGGCGUCAAAUAUUUCACCAAGGUUUUGAAAUCUUGUAUUUUGCCACCCCUAUUAAAGAAGACUUGUAACUAAAGCAUGAUAUGUCAGUGUUAUUUUCAUAUCAUAUGUGGUACUAGCGGUGCUCUGAAGUGCAGGUUAUAUUUGUUUCGUGUUUUAGAGAUUUUUCGAGCAUUUUGCUUGUGCAUAACAUGGCCAACCUUUUUGGGGAUUAAGAGUUGAUGCAUAUGAUUGUAUUAGUAAUUCUGUGCAACAGCAGUGUCAUCAAGGUUUGCAUACAGAUAUUACAUGGCUAAACUUUGGAAAUAUAAAGAAAGCUCGCUUCAAACAUCACAGUUUUCCAAUGGAGCAUUGUUCGAUAAUUAAAAAAAACAAAUAUUAAUCUUAUGGAGUCAUUCAAUUAAUAUGUAUUUCAUUACUUGUUUAGAGAUGAAACAACGGCACAACUAAUGUAAACCAUGACUAGCAGAAAUGACAUAAAAAUACUUUUCUGCAAUGUAAUCUUGGUGACACUGUUGUUAACGUUCUGCAACAGUUGGUUUAUUUUUUUUUACACCAAGAACUCCUGUUGCGUCAAAAUUCUCAUAAUGCUAUAUAAACUGCUGAUUUUAAACAUAUUUUUCACAUCAGAUAAUACUGAAUAUGAUUGAUUGGAUGCCUUGAAAUAUUUUACAUUUGAUACUAGUAAUGAAAUUGGGAUAUGCAUUUCAGAACUUUUAUGGACAUUUUCAAUUGUUGUAUAUCUUUUAUUAAGAAGGAGUGUUAUAUUUCUUGUCCGUAAAUACUUAGGUAGUUUGAAAUUUGGGGCAGGCCCCCUCAUGACAGAGGAUAAACUUUAGAAAGAAAAUUCUUUACUUCUUUUAAAUACUGUGUUGCUAUGUCUUGAGCAUUUAAUGUAAUAAACAAGGAAUAUAUCUAGAAAAUAUAUUUUUUUUUCAAUCUGGAAAAAUAUUUAUCUACCCUAAAGAGCUAUGCAGUCAGUGCUUUGAUGUUUUGUGUUGACAGUCCUUCACAUUCUGAGGGACAAAGAAGUUUCUUUUUCUAUUGACCAUUGGUCAGUUGCCAGUUACAACAGAGGUUUGUUUGUGGAUUUAUUUUUAUACUGCUUCAGAAAUAACUUCAGUUUUUAGCAGUAUUGUCUGGUAUGAAUGUUGUCAUCAAGUGUCCACUGAUGGAACAUUUUGACUUGAUAGCAAUGUCCUGCUUUUCACGUUUAAUGUCCAAGAUGUCCAGCUUUUUGUGUAAGAUGUCUAUGCAAAAAUGUGUUGGUUAUUUAUUGGAAAAAAUGGGGUUUUUGAGUUUUUUUUCUUUUUCUCUUUGUUAAAUAAUUGUUAAUUUUUAUAUCCAAAUUGCAAUAUUUGUAUACAAUAAUAACAACAAUAAAAAAAGAAUUAGGAUUAAUGUUUGGGUAUGUCAGUGUGUAUAUACAUUACAGUACUCCUAUGUAACCUGUUAGGGCACUUUACCUCUAUAACCUUUUAUCACUUAUGUUGAUGAUGAUGACGAUUAUGAUGAUGAUGAUAACAAUUUUAUUAAUUAUCUUGUAGAAAUUUGAAUUUUAUCUUAAUAUUUUUGACAAUAAGCAUGAUUGAUAUGUAGAGUUAGAAUUUAACAGCAGAUAUAUCACAGUUUUAAAUAUCUUUGAAUAUUAACCUAAAGUUUUAUUGAUUUCGGACAAAGUUUUAUGUACUAACAAGUGUCCACUUAGUAUUGAGGAAAUAUAGUCAUUGUGUAUAGUUCAAGUUAUAGGGAUUUGAUUAUAUCAUUUCCGUUUGGGGAAAAGGUCAGAAAAAUAUUUUUCUUUCAAAAUUGAAAAACUAAAAAAAGUUCUAUGUAACCUCUGAAGAGAAAUAUUGAAGUAUUUACACUAUUUGGUUCACCAAUUCACUAUUACUGGUUGUAGUAUGUGUACAGUGUGCUAAUUCUGCUUCUUAAAGUAUUCUUCGUGAAAUAGGAGUUCAUUCUUAGUGGUCACAACAUAUUGGUUUGAAAAUACAAAAUAAGAUGCAGUCUCUCCUUUUCCAAAGGUUGUUACAGGCAAGAACUGGUGUUAUAUUUUUCAUAUAAAGUUAUUUUUGUUACACGUGAAGGAAAGACAUACAAUUUAAAAGAGAAUCAAGAUUGUCAACUUGGUUGUAGAGUUGUUGUGACCUCUUUGUAUGUACAUGACAAGCAAGGCCCAUUUUGUGAUAGGGUUCCAAGUUUCUCCCCUUCAGAGUGCUACCCAUUUGCUGCAGUAGUGACAACUAAGUACGUGAUUUCGUUGUUGUGAUGGUAUUGUAUAAGUAUAAUAUUUUGAUACGCAGAGAGCACCUGCAUAAUAAGUUUGUUUCUGAAUGCUUAAGGUACACACUACCAUUUUAAAUGCAUUAAAAAAGUGCCAUACCCUGUUAUAGUAAAAACCAGAAGCAGCAAUCCAUUCAAGUUUCAGCCAAGUUAGAUCAAUACUUGACCAAGAUUUGAAGAAAUUUGGAAGCUUCUCCAUGUUAAACCGUCCAACCAGACUGGGUAUAUCUAAAUAUACAUUUUGUGUAUUUCAAGCAUUCAGAAGUAAAUUUUAUUCAGCAUUUUUAUAUUUUUAUCAAUAUUUUUUAAAAAACCAUACCCACAAGGCUUGUCCACGGACAACUAUUGUCGGUACCUUUUGAAAGUUAAAUGCAAACUGUCUGCAUUGACAUUUCAUUACAAGACGGGUUGAAAUAAUAUCAUACGUAUUGUUUCAUAUCCAGUUGUAUUACAAUGAUUCCAAAGUUCACGACUGUUGAAAUGUUUUAAGAAGAUUUUAUUUUGGUACACAGGAGACUUUUGAUACAUGUGCUUUGGAAGUACAUUUUUUAUGAGAAAGGCAGACCUGGCCGUUACGUAAGAGAAGUAUACAUUCCAAAUGUCCAUGUUAUUCUGAUAAAUCCUUCAUCACAGUACAGAUUCCCCAGGGUAAACACCUGGGAAAUGUGAUGCUGGAGAAAGCUAUAAGUGAAAAUAAUAAUGCAUAUGGUAGUUAACUAAUUAUAAAGUGCAUUAUGCCAACAUGUUGAACAUGUUCAGGCAGACUACCACAGACAGAAACAAGUCUGGAAAAAAAGGCUAAAACACAUCCAUGUUGAUUUAACUAGUGUUUUUGACUGCCACGGGAAUGAAGAUAAUUACAUUUCGUUUAUUAAGAUCCUUUCAUCAUAAAAACUGGUUCUUUCCUUUACUUCACUGAACUGACUCCCCUGUAACUGGGGUCUACCUCUGAAUUAAAGGAUGUGAAAGGAUGUCAACACUUCUAACCCUAUCUGGAUUCAUAUAAUCCUGAUAUUUGUACAAAGUCAAAUGUACAUUAAGAAUUAUUGCCAAGAGGGAAAUUUAAUCCUGUCUUGGGGGUUGUAGGGGUUGAUGAAUAUUUUUUGUUUCUUGUGAUUAUUAGAAAGGACAGUUCUUUUUCUGAAUAGCAAAGUAACAUUGAGAGAUAUUAUGGAUUUCUAUUUUGAGCUGAUGUCGUAUUUCCCAUUAUGUUCUGUUACACGAUUUAAUUAAGUGCUAUGAUUUAUGUAGGAGGCAUUCAUAGUUUGAAUGUGUUUGUGCAUAAAAGGUUGAAGAAAAUCAAAAGUUUGAAAACUCUUUUAAUUGCUAUAUCCUCAACAAGAUGGUAAUAACAUCAAUUAUGUUUCAUAAGGAAUUACCGUUAAGUUGGUGCUAAUCGCAAGGUUUUGAUGUUAAUGAUGUGUUUUCAUACCGGUCAGGGCACACCACAGGUGUUUAACCUGGCCAUUCAAACAGACCUUUAUGCACAACCUUAUUCUGUAGAGCACCUAGUAGUCAUUUUAACCCCAUGCAUAUUUUUGUCAAAUAUUUUUGACCCCCUGUUGGAUCCCGCCCUGCCCCCUUUUCAUUUCUCAUUUGUACUCCUCUAUCCUCAUGUAGUAUCCCAUCCCGAUGGUUACCGUCCUCGAUAUUGACAUCAAAUGGAGGCAAAGAAAUUGUAGGAAACUAAGGGAGAUCACUCUUAGUGCAUGUCAGCUGGGCUGGCAAAACUUGCUGGAAAAUUGAUUCAAACCCAAUGAAUUUUAUAAUGUAAUGUUAUACAAAAUGUUGGUUGGACAGUUGAUCCUACUCUAAUACACACUGUCAACAAUACAGCUGUCACAAGCAUAUAUACAUUCCAAAAUUUUGUAUUUCUUAGCAGGAUUUCUUCUUGUUGCCUCUGUAAUUAAUUGAUCUAGUGUAAAUAGGUUCAAAUUAUUUCACUUUAUUUUCCUACAAUUUUUCGUUUGCAUUUCAACUCCAUUUGAAAUCACCUCAUCCCAUAUAGUACGACUUUAUGAUAUUUUCUCCCCAUAGUCAUUUUUUAUCAGUUUUUUUGCCCAUCAGUGAAAAUGACAUUUAAAUACAUAUAUAAAUAUUAUAAAGAUUAUAUAUCUUUUGUCUAUAAAACCAUUGACUUUUCUAUAGAGGUCAAUAUUAAAACUCUGUUAGCACUGAAAUGUAAAUACGAUCUCAACCAAGUUUCACCGUCAUAGAUUUUACAUUAUAUUCAGUGGUGAGACAUUUGUUCAUUAUAUUUGUAUCCCAGUUAUGGGUAAAAAAAGAAAACUAAAGAGAAAAAAAUGUAAAUAAAAAUAAGUAAAAAGAA